AUGACCAGUGUUGAAAUAAGUCCAUCCGAGUCGUUUCUGCAUAGUGGCCAACAUCUCACUCUCACUGUGCAGUCAGCAGGCGAUGCCUUGCACGUGUUCACAGAUGGGCAACUAUCUGGGUCUGCCUUCGGAACUCGGAAAAACAGAAAAUUUACUUUUACAGCAAAUGCCAACCUGCAUGCUGGAACAAACAGAAUUUCACUACUCAGUGUAACUGUUGGAUUGCCGAACAAUGGGCCCCAUUUUGAGACAUGGAACACAGGAGUCCUUGGGCCGGUGGUUCUACAUGGUCUAGACGAAGGAAAGAGGGACUUGUCUUGGCAGAAAUGGACGUGCAAGGUUGGGCUUAAAGGAGAAGCGAUGAAUCUAGUUUCUCCAAGCGGAAUUUCACACGUUGAUUGGAUGAAAGGGUCCUUGUUCAUGCAAAAGCAACGGCCCCUUACAUGGUAUAAGGACCAUCCCCUUUAAAAGGCUACUCUAGUGAAUCAUAUUGACCGGAAUUUGGUGCC